UUGGGCUGAAGCUUCAGCCAGCCCCCUGCCCUGGAGCUAAGCCAGCAAGAAAGAGUAGGGCCCAGAUUCUUGUGCCCGGGGGAGUGGCCUGGGCACCCCAUCUGGCUGGUCCAGGAAUGGCUCGCAGUGUAGCUGUGCCUCUCUUUUGGGCCUUUUUUCUUAUCUGUGGCUGGGAGUAGCAGCAGUUCUCCCACCCGCCUCAUGGUGAACAGGGUUUGCCAGGACUUUCCAGUUCCUGGGCAGCUGGGGUCCUUGGCCAGGGCUGGCCCUUUGAGCCGACUUCUCUCUGGGGAGUGCUGGGGGGUAGAAGUCCUGGGGACUGGGCAUCAGGGUACAUCAGACCCUCCCUUAGCUAAGCUGUUCGUGUUUAGCCUCAGACAGAACCCCCAAAUAUGCAGCCCCGCUGGGCCCCAGGUCUACCUGUCGGCAGGUGCAGCGUGCUUGGGGAAUCUUGGUUCCCAUCUGCUUCAUUCCCACAAGCCCUGUGUGGCUGAGCGAGUAGCUUAACCUUGAAGCGUCCAUUUCCUCAUUUAUAAAAUGGAGACUCACAUACCUUCCUCCAGGGUGGGCCCCAGGAAGGGCCCCCAAUUUCUCCAGCUGUUGCAAGGGCAGCGCCUGGCACACUGCAGGGUCUUGGGAAAUGUCCACCAGUAGCCUGGAUGAUGCGCUGGCUGUGGGGUGACCCCCGCGUGUAGGCUUGACCCUUAUGGAGCUCUGCCUGAUGGAUAGGAGCUGAAGGAAUGAAUAAAAUGAUGAAAGCUAAAGAAAUAAACAGAGCGUCAGUUGUUUCUCGCAUCUUGCCAGAAUUCUGGAAUUUGUCGGACUCCGUAGCUGCCUCCUCUGCCCGUCUCUCCGUGUAGGAUCGUGGAACCUCACAUUAGAAGGACUCUUUUUUUGCCUCGGAGUCUUCUGAUUCCUCAGGCGCUGCCUUGCUCUGCCUAACCCCAAGGAAGGACCCGGAAGCAGUUGCAGAAGCCCCAGGGAGGCUGAUUUAGGUCAAUAGGAGGAAGAAUUUCUACCAGCCCAACGUGCUUGGAAUGGGUGGCGCUAAGAAUUGGACAAGCAGAGGCCAGAUGGGCACUUGGCAGGAGCACUGGCCUGGGGUGAGGGUUUGGACAAUAUUCUUACUCCGGGGCCCUUCAGACCCCGGGAGAGGAGUCUGGAACCUCUGUGGGGCUCCAGGUUCCCUGGGCUCCGAAAGCCAGAUGAGUCACUGAGAUUGCCCGGUAGGGUGUUGGGUGCCAGUCAGUAGUAAGCAGCCUUCCAACUGGCUCAGUCCUUUAACAAAGCCGGCCAGGAGCAAGCCUGGCGUGUUUAGUCAUGUCAUCUGCAUUUGGUUGCCUGGCAGGAAAGGCAAAUGGAAGGAAAGAAACAGGCAUUUUUAGAGCAUCUACCAAGUGCUGGGCUCCAUGCAGGAUGCUUUGAUACCACGGCUCAUCCAGAUCUCCCGACAGGACUGCAAGGGAGAGGAUAUCUUCCUUCUACGGCUAAGACUGAGGCUCAGAGAGGCUAAGUAACUUGCCUGAGGGCACACAGUAAAUUACAGCACUGGGGUUCAAGCCAAAUCUUCCUGAUUUCCAGUGACAAUGAAGGUCAAUGUUCACUGAGCACCUACUUGAUGCAUAGACACAGUUACUAGUCCUUUGCAUGGAUUAAGGCAUUUGUUAUACCUCCAUUUUACAGAGAAGGGGAACUGAGGCCGGGAAAGGUAGGAUAACUUGCCAAGGUCAGGGGCAGUGUUCAGAUCUGACGUCACAACCACUGUGCCUACCCUGUGUCUUAGGCAGAGUUUGCUGCCAAGAUACACCUCCUGCCUCCCUCAUGGAGAUGGGCAGAGCCCUUGGGUCACAUAGGGUAAGACUGGAAUGGGGUGGAGGUGAGCACAGGGAGGCGGACUUCAGCUCAAAAUCAAGAUGCCCUUUCUUUUUUUUUUUUUUAAGAUUAAUCUAUUUAUUUGACAGAGACACAGCGAAGAGGGAACACAAGCGGGGGGAGUGGGAGAGGGAGAAGCAGGCUUCCUGUGGAGCAGGGAGCCCGAUGAGGGGCUCGAAUGUGGAGUGCAUUCAGAGGUGCUCCCAGGUGGGGUUUGUAGAUGGGCCAUUUCCUGCCCAAGAGUGGAGAUGAGGUGAGCUGUGCAACCUCCCAAGAUUUCCCCUCAUGGCAUUUCCAGAGCGUCCUGAGCACCUACUAGGUGUCAAACCUCUUUGCUGCUGGACGCAGAACAAGCUGAUCCCUUCACCCUGUGUAGGAGUUGAGUGCCCCGUGGCUGCUCCAGAACUGAGGACACCGGGGAUCAGGUGUCAUGAGGCAGGCAGGGAAGGGGGCCAGAGAAUGGUGGGCAGGGGAAGUGGCCAUUAAGACAUGAGCCACUGAACCACGGAGGAGGCUGGCAGGGGCCAGUGAGAGGCUGGUGGAGGCCAUUCCCAGGGCUGAGCUAGGACCGUGGUCAGCGCAGGCGAGCUCAGGACCAUGGAGAGCUCCACAGGAGCCUCCCGUCACUCCGAUGACAGCUGUCAGGGUAUGUCUGCAUCCAUGAGGCUACUGUCAGCCUGGCCAGGAGUCAUAGCCUGUGGUCUCCAGGGAGCACCUGUCCUCUCUGCCCAAGAGCCACCCCCCAGACAGCCUGAGCCCUGACCCUGAGAUUAUGGAUGGGUUGUGGGGUUUGGGCUCAUCUGCUUUCUUCCCUUACCCAGUCAACUUUCUAAGCAGAGCCCAGAGAAAGAGGGCACAAGGAGGAGAAGGAAAGAGUAGGAAGAGGAGGGAAGGAAGAAAACCUGCCCAAGGGCACCUUCUGGGGCAUGGCCACAGCCGCAAGUCAGCACAAGAAGAGGAGGCCCAGGGUGGGCUGAUCCUGCCACCAUCCUGGGUCAGGGUCAGCCUUAGCCUCCCCCCUCCCUGAUUAUCUGCUACCAGGAAGCACCCAGCACCCCACCCCCACCUUCACUCAGGAGACCCAGGCCCCUGGGUGUGUGUAUGUUGGGUGGGGGUGCUGGGGAGGCUCUUAGAGAGCCUGAAAUUCCUCCUUUCCCCGGCUCCCCAGGAAGCAGGGCGCCCUUCCCCAGCCCCUCCACCAUCCGGCUCAGUUUCUGCCUAGGCUUCACUUGCUGAGCCCCUGCUCUGCUCCUUGCUCCUCUGAGACGGAACAGCACCCACCAAGGCCCAGGCUUUGCCAGGGGCUCACCUCCAAGCUUUUACUCUUGCCGUGCCCCCACCCAAAGGUUCUCUCUGCCAGGCUGGGAUAUAGCAACAGGAGUAAGAAGAGUUAUAGUGUAUUUCGUACUCACUAUGCGCCAGGCACUUUAUAUGGAUUAUCGAACCCUCAUUUUAUAGAUGAAAAAAAGGAGGAAAGUUGUGAACUUGCCCAAGGCUACACAGGAGAUGGCAGAGCCAGGAUUUGGAGUCUUGUUCCAGAGUCUGUGUGUAUGGAAGUGAUGGUGAGCACAUUGAGGAGGCCCAGGGCAAUGCAGGGUGCUUUUGUUGAGCACCUUCUGUGUACAGCUCCCUGCCCCAGGUUGCUGGUAGCCCAGCUGGGGAGACAGGUCAGGGAAGGUGAGCUCAGCAUGGUGAGCAUUGGCAACAGGGCAGGGCUAUGGACUGGUCUCUCUGAUUUGGUGUCUCAUAUAAAAUAGGCAGGACAGGAAUGAUUAUAUCCAUUUUAUAGAUGGGGGAGUUGAAGCUCAGAGAGGCCAAGCAUUCUUGAGACUCAGGUUGACAGUGGCUAUAUAAACCCAGAGGCUGAUGCAGGGAGUCAGGAGGAGGGUUGGCAGAACUCAGUAUGGUUCUUCCAGGUCCUAAACCGGGGCAGAAGCCACUUGGUUUCAAGAGAGGCCGGCCCUGACACAAAGCAAGCACUGGAGAAAUAUCCAGUGAAUUUUACUGAAAUGAGUAAGGGCCUAAGUAUGGCCUCUGAGCUGCCUAAGGUCAUCCUCAGCAGCAGGAGGGACCCAGACGGGGGUUUUGUCCUUAGGGAACUGCCUGCCUAGUAGGCCUUGGAGGGCAGUGGGCCAGCCCAUUAGAGACCCCAAGUCCUUCCUCAGCUAACUUGCUUCUCCAGGCAGGUCCUGGCCACUGCACCCCACCUGGGGUCCUGAGUUCCCAGAGGGGCUCAAGCUAAUGCAUGCCAGCCAGCAGGAGUAGGGAGUGGAGAAUGGUGAGCUGGACAAUGCUCCCCAACCCAGCUCCUCCUCCCAGAGCCCACAGGGAGACGUCAGAUCCAAAGCAUUGCUCACCCCACCCCCAUCUACCCUGUGAAGCUUCUAGACCAAGCAUACUGUGGAAAGGACAUGAUAUUUGGAUCCAGAGACCAAGGUCAACAGCCAGGCUCUGCCAUUAGCCGGCGAAGCGACUGGCCACGCCCCUCACUCAGCCUCAGUGUUUGCAUCUGCUAGGAGGGAUGCUGCUUGAGGGUGAGAGCGAGGACCUGCAGAGACGGCCUGACUCAAAGCCCAGCUCUGCUGUUCACCCAUCUCCGUGAAGGCUGUUGAGGGGUGGCCCCCACCCCAGUCAAAGGCUUCUCCGUCCUUCUCGGUCCAGACUCCUUGCUCACACUUCACAUCCAGGUCUUCAGCAAAUCCAACAGAACCUAAGCGCUUUCUGCACGGCUCUCACCGUGGUUCAAGCCGCCCCCGUCACACCUGGAUGGUGCUGAGGUCUCCUCGCCGCACUCCCUGCUCCACCCUGCAGCCAACCGCGUCCUCUCAACAGAGCAGCCCGAGAUGAAGAUGAGACGCUACAAGCUCUUUCUCAUGUUCUGUAUGGCCGGCCUGUGCCUCAUCUCCUUCCUGCACUUCUUUAAGACCCUGUCCUAUGUCACCUUCCCUCGAGAACUGGCCUCCCUCAGCCCGAACCUCGUGUCCAGCUUCUUCUGGAACAAUGCCCCCGUCACGCCCCAGGCCAGCCCGGAGCCGGGCAGCCCCGACCUGCUGCGAACGCCGCUCUAUUCCCACUCGCCCCUGCUCCAGCCGCUGUCACCAAGCAAGGCCACCGAAGAGCUCCACCGGAUGGACUUCGUGCUGCCCGAGGACACCACCGAGUAUUUCGUCCGCACCAAGGCGGGAGGCGUCUGCUUCAAACCAGGCACCAAGAUGCUGGAGAAGCCCCUCUCGGGGCGGCCCGAGGAGAAGGCCGAGGGGGCCGACGGCUCCUCGGCCCGGGGCCCGGCCCGGCACCUGCUGAGCGCCCGCGAGCGCCCGGGGGCCCGCGGCCCGCGGCGCAAGUGGGUGGAGUGCGUGUGCCUCCCGGGCUGGCACGGGCCCAGCUGCGGCGUGCCCACCGUGGUGCAGUACUCCAACCUGCCCACCAAGGAGCGCCUGGUGCCCCGCGAGGUGCCGCGGCGGGUCAUCAACGCCAUCAACAUCAACCACGAGUUCGACCUGCUGGACGUGCGCUUCCACGAGCUGGGCGACGUGGUGGACGCCUUCGUGGUGUGCGAGUCCAACUUCACGGCCUACGGGGAGCCGCGGCCGCUCAAGUUCCGCGAGAUGCUCACCAACGGCACCUUCGAGUACAUCCGGCACAAGGUGCUCUACGUCUUCCUGGACCACUUCCCGCCGGGCGGGCGGCAGGACGGCUGGAUCGCCGACGACUACCUGCGCACCUUCCUGACGCAGGACGGCGUGUCGCGGCUGCGCAACCUGCGGCCCGACGACGUCUUCAUCAUCGACGACGCCGACGAGAUCCCCGCGCGCGACGGCGUGCUCUUCCUCAAGCUCUUCGACGGCUGGACCGAGCCGUUCGCCUUCCACAUGCGCAAGUCGCUGUACGGCUUCUUCUGGAAGCAGCCGGGCACCCUGGAGGUGGUGUCGGGCUGCACGGUGGACAUGCUGCAGACGGUGUACGGGCUGGACGGCAUCCGCCUGCGGCGCCGGCAGUACUAUACCAUGCCCAGCUUCCGGCACUACGAGAACCGCACGGGCCACAUCCUGGUGCAGUGGUCGCUCGGCAGCCCGCUGCACUUCGCCGGCUGGCACUGCUCCUGGUGCUUCACGCCCGAGGGCAUCUACUUCAAGCUCGUGUCCGCCCAGAACGGCGACUUCCCCCGCUGGGGCGACUACGAGGACAAGCGGGACCUCAAUUACAUCCGGAGCUUGAUCCGCACCGGGGGCUGGUUUGACGGCACGCAGCAGGAGUACCCGCCGGCCGACCCCAGUGAACACAUGUACGCCCCCAAGUACCUGCUCAACAACUACGCGCAGUUCCGCUACCUGCUGGACAACCCCUACCAGGAGCCCAAGAGCACAGCGGCAGGUGGGCGGCGGAGCAGGGGUCCCGAGGGAAGGCCACCCGCCAGGGGCAAAUUGGAUGUGGUUGAAGGCUAAGGCUGCGCGAUCUUAGAGGGCCAGUGGCAGGGUGGGGGGCGGCGGCUGCCCCUCCUGGUAUUUUCCUGCCUCCCUCUGCCCUCUGGCUGGUUUUUGAGAAGCCCGGGAGUGGAGGGGUGGAGGAGUCGUCCCUACUCAGGCCCUCGUGAAUCAAGGGUCAGGCCUGUGAGCUCACAAAACAUCCUUCCUCAUCAGGAGAGGGGAGUCCAGCCCUUCCGACCACCAAGAGCCCUGUGGCAGGGGGGAGUGCCAGCCGAGAGUGCAUGAUGGUUACUGGGUAGCAAGGGAGGGCGGGCAGGGUGGGGAAGGGAACCUGCAGGAGCUCCCCAGGGCCACCAGGUGGGAGCUGCGGCCCCUGCCAGGAAGAAACCUACCAUUUGGCCUCCUGGGGCUUUGGACCGGCAGCGGAAAAGUGGACGUGUCAGGAGGGCCUGGGGCUCUGUAAAUAGAUGCUUUGGGGUCCAGGAGGAAAAGGGGACACCAAGAUGGGAGGGGAUGAAAAACAGCAGCCAGCUGGGAAGAACUGCAGUGUCCUCAGAAGAGCUGAGCCAGAGGGAGCUGAGAACUCUGCCCCAUAGGCCACCCCUGUGCUGGAUAGCACCUUUGGGGUAGGCAGGGGUCUGCGGAAGUCCAAGGAGUCUUCCUUUUGGUUCCAAACCUGGCCUUGACAUUCCUUCUUUCUUUGAUAUUGCUGUCUUGUGGGCUGCCCACUCAGUCCUUGCAAGGCCAAGAGUCCAGUUCUCAGGGUGGGAUGGGAGCCAGAGGCUGGACCAUCUACCAGCCUCAUAGGUCGGGCCUGGGAGGGGGCGUGGGGGAGGAGGCGGUUCCCCAUUACCCCAUCCCCAGCUCCCCACCGUCUCUGGUAGAGUCACCCUUGCGCCCCUUCCUGGGGCUGGCUAGAGCCAGGAAGGGCCCACGGGGCUGCCCUGGACCCAGGAGGGACUUGAAAGCCAGCUGUAUGUCAUCUCAUUCCUCUUUGCCUCAUGAGGGCAGGGGAUGUAUUGGUUAGAUUCUAAGCUGCUCUAAUUAAGAAGCCCCAAAAUACAGUGGUUUAAGCAAGACAAGCUUGUUUCUAGCUUAACUUGUCUAGAGAGAGACGGUCCAGAUCUGGUAAGGCAGCUCUGCUUUCCUUCAUAUGCACCGUCCAAUUCUGGAUAGAGUGGUUGCUUCAGCUCCCACCGUCACAUGUGCAUCCCAGCCCAGGGGAAGCAGAGAACGGGAAGAGAAGUACAUGCCCUUUCCUUAUAAGGGCAUUGAGCCCGAACCCGGCAAGUUCACUUCUGAUCACAUCUCACAGGCCAGGUCUUAGUCACAUGGCCACAAGUAGCUGCAAGGGAAGCUGGGAAAGGUAGUCUUCAGCCACAUGCCCAGCCUCAGCCCGAGAGUUCUCUUAGUAAAGGAAGGAGGAGAGAAUGGAGACAGGAGACAAGAGCGUCUCUGGCCCAGAGGGAGGGGAAUGGGGAGAGAGAGCGUAGGAAUGACUAACGCAGUCCUAGGAUCCUACUCUCACAUUCAGAACUCCUAGAAGCACCUGCUCCUGCCCCCACUCACUGCCAGCCCAGGGUUGGGGGGCAGUUAGAGCCUGUGGUUGUAGGAGGGGUGAUAACACCCCCCCCUCCCGAGGCCCCGUAGAUGUUCACCCAGUGAUGCCAGGAUGCAGAGCCUGCCUGUGGGACGGUACAUGUUUGUGCGUGUGUGUGUGUGUAUAUUUAUGGGCAUGUGUGCAUGCUUGGUGUGUACUUGUACGUGUCUGUAUUGGGGUGUCCCUGUAAAUAUAUGCUUCUGUAUGGAUGUGGGGGCAGGGCCCAGGCCUCCCCUUCCCCAAGACCUGGAGCCUGUGGCCACACCUCCUUGCGGCUCCCACAAAGUAACUGAGGCAGAAAGCCCUUGGGGAGCCUAGAAAGCAAGGCUAAAGGGGGUGCGGGGUCUGUCUGUCCAUCCGUCUUUCAGUCCAAGGAAUGAGAAUCCUCCUGACUUGAGGGCUGAACAUCUGAGAGCUCACUACUUCUCCAGCCCAUCUUGGUCCCAACCAUAUCCUUCCAUCCGGUCCCACCCAGCGUCGAGCCUGGACUUUCUCUGGAUGUCUUAUUGGGGUUUCCUGAUGGGCCAGGAGAGAAGGGCGUCUCCUUUGCCACAGCUCCGUCCAAGGAAAUGUCUGGCGUGGGCAUGGUCUGGGGAGCUGGCCGCAGAACAGCCUCUGGUGGGCAGGCAUGAAGCGGGCGGAGGGGGCUCUCUGGCCUCCACUGUCCCUCCCCAAGGGAGUCCGUGGCGUGCCCGGAGGGAACCCCUCCCUUGGAGUUAUAACAGCUGCUCUCCCAGUCCCUCUUGGAGCUGAGAAGUGGCGAAAGAGGUCAGAAUGUCCCUGUGGCUCUGGGCCAACUCAGGCCAGGGCCUGCCUUCCCAGCCACCUCUGCUCACCUCCUGGACUGGAGGUCUCUGGGGGCUCCUGAAUCAUGCCUGAGCCCUAGCCCAGGGUGGGCUUCCUCAUCCCAUGCCCCCGGCACACUCAGCUGCUGUGGGGACGCCCCCUCCCCAGGCUGGCGGGGGUCCCUGGGCUCCAGUUCACCAGCUCCAGGGCAGGGGAAGGAAAAGGGGGGGAGCUCAGACCUGUCAGGCCCCACUUUCCCUCUCAGACCCAGAGCAUGUUUGUGGUCACUGCCAAGGGGAGACCUGGCCAUUGGGUGGAGAGGGCGGCCAUCAGAGGGGUGGGGGGGGCCGAGGUGUGGGGUUGAAGAGUUUCACUUACACUCACAUCAUACACUGGGAAUUUGGGGGGGCAGGGGAGCCCUGGGCCACUCCCCCAAUAUGAAAGGAAACCAAACUGUGAAUGGGAGUGCGGGCACGCUGCUGGCCCUGUCACCGUCACUAGGUGUCUUUCCCUGGGAACCACUGGCCCUAUGACCUCCAGAAUCAGGAGGCUCAGCCCACCCACAGGUCAUGUCAGUUCACGGGGCAGGUUUGCAGCGGUGGACAUGGGAGAGCUUUGGGGGCAAAGGUGGCAGGCGGGGAGGGGAGACAGGACUUCUCCAAGUGGAAGGCAGGGCCCUGGGAAAUGCAUAAUUUAAGGACGCCAAUGAUAAUAGUAUUAUUUUUUUUGUAAGGGAAAAUCAAUAUGUACAUUCUGAAAUCAUUUUCUCUGUAAAUGGUUGGAUUUCAUUUCACCCUUAAAGGGAUGCUUAAAGGAAAAGAUAAUAUUAAUAAUAAAAACAGCUACAAAGUCUGAAAGGUACGCGUGUGGGGCCAGU